AUGGCAGAUCUGCGGCAAUGUUCUCGCGAGUUUUUGACGGAUUUUAUUUCACAUUAUGAAAGUUUUCCGUGCCUUUGGCGAGUUAAAUCUAAAGAGUACAGUGACAGGGACAAAAAGGGGGAAGCGUACGAGAGAUUGGUUGAAAAGUUCAAAGAAAUAGAUGUCAACGCGAGCAGGGAGACAGUGGUGAAGAAAAUCAAUUCUUUGAGAAGCGUUUAUCGCAAAGAAUUGGCAAAGGUAAACAAAUCGAUUCGAUCUGGGGCUGGAGAAGACGAAAUUUACAAGCCAUCUCUGUGGUAUUUCGAUUUGCUGCAUUUUCUCAAUGAUCAGGAGACACCAAGGCCGUCGAGGAAUACCAUGGACGAAAGUGAAGAGUCUGUAAACUGCGACGAAUCAUCACAACUGGUGGAAGACGAUGUGCAAGAAACUGUUAUUGACAGUGGGCCCGGUGAAGCUGCUACUACCCCUGCUACUCCUGCUUCCGAAGCAUCUACGAGUACUUCCCAUUCUGUCAAUACCUCGCACAAGUUAACUCGUAACAAGAGGAAGGCUGUUGGGAAUGAUGAUGGCACAAUUGAAGUCCUGCAGGUGAUAGGGAAGAAACUGGAAUCGCUACAGGCAGAUGAUGCAUUUCAGGUAUUCGGAAAACAUGUGGCUAAUAAACUCAGAGAAGUCCCGAAUUCACAAAACAUAAUUGCUCAGAAACUAAUUUCCGACGUUUUAUUCGAAGCUGAGUUGGGUACGCUUACCAGAAAUUUUCGAAUUGUUGACAUGAAAAGCCAGCGACAAGAUGAUUUUGGUUCAAUGAAUGCCACGAAUUAUUGGCCUCAACAGAAUACGCCACAUCAAAUCAGAAUGCAACAAAAUCUUUCUUCACAAGUUGGACAAUACCACUCCUUCUCGCAGCAGCCGCAGCCUAUGCCACAUAACUACGCCCCAGAACAAAUACCUCACACUCAGGAGUAUGAAACAAUUGGGAAAAUUCCGGCAGUUUCAUGCAUCAUCCCACAGCAAGCAGGCGAAAAUUGACCACAGGAGAACCUCCUCCAUGGCGAUAUCACACAAAACUGAGCAACAAUUCGAAAAUUUCUGGUAAGCGUACCCAACUCAGCUUCGAAUAAAACGUCGGAAAUUAGUUUCUGAGCAAUUAUGUUUUGUGAAUUCGGGACUUCUCUGAGUUUAUUAGCCACAUGUUUUCCGAAUACCUGAAAUGCAUCAUCUGCCUGUAGCGAUUCCAGUUUCUUCCCUAUCACCUGCAGGACUUCAAUUGUGCCAUCAUCAUUCCCAACAGCCUUCCUCUUGUUACGAGUUAACUUGUGCGAGGUAUUGACAGAAUGGGAAGUACUCGUAGAUGCUUCGGAAGCAGGAGUAGCAGGGGUAGUAGCAGCUUCACCGGGCCCACUGUCAAUAACAGUUUCUUGCACAUCGUCUUCCACCUGAAAAUAUUAAACAAUAAAUGUAUUAUUGAUCUCCAUAUUUUUAUUAUUUUUACAAAUUUUCAAUGAUGAAACUCUUGCAAUAUUUCUUCUUUUUUUGUUUUGUUUCAGUUUCCCAAGACUGAAGAGGAGUGGAUGGAAGUUGCAGCGGAGUUUGAAAGAAUGUGGCAGUUCCCUCAUUGUUUAGGGUCAAUUGACGGAAAACAUAUUAGAAUUGUGCCACCUAAAGGAAGUGGGUCCUAUUAUUUCAAUUACAAAAAAACACACAGUGUUGUUCUUAUGGCAAUAGCCAAUGCCAAUUGCGAGUUUUUGUACUGUGAUAUAGGAACAAACGGUCGGAUCUCAGAUGGAGGAGUCAUAAAUAACACUCAAUUUUAUGAAAAACUCGUUAACAACGAGUUAAAAAUUCCAAAACCCCGAUCCAUUGGAAGUUCAAACAGAGUUUUAAGAUAUGUUUUUGUUGGGGAUGAAGCCUUCGCUAUGCGUCCAGACCUUCUCAAACCAUAUCGACGAGAAACAUUAACAAGGGACCGAAGAAUUUUUAAUUACCGCCUAUCUAGGGCGAGGCGUGUUGUUGAAAACACAUUCGGCAUUUUGGCUUCCCGAUUUCGUAUUUUCCACACAAGUAUUAAUUUAAAGAUGCACAACGUCGAUACUGUAGUUCUUGCGUGUUGCGCUUUACACAACUUUUUGCGGAGAAAGUCCCCCCAAAACUACACCCCUCCAGAAAGUAUGGAUCAGGAAAAUAUUUCUGAAUGUACUGUUCAAUUAGGUGAAA